CAGACCAUUAUAAGGAACUCUUGGUGUGGACAGGCAGAGAGAGACAGUCUAUCGUUUUUAAGGUUCAGAAACUGUUCCCAAUUAUUUUUGAGAGGUGAAGCUGGAAUUUGUUUCAAAUAUAGGCUAGCACAAGAAGUGUAUCCAGGAUGCAGAAGAGUAUUACCAGCGUUUGUGUAUCUCUCAUUUUUUGCGCAAUCCUCUCGGAGACAAUUGGAUUAGUAAUUGCGGCUAAAGAGAAGCGUGGUUGGACUCUAAACAGUGCAGGAUACCUCUUGGGUCCUCGUCGUAUUGAUCACCUAAUACAGAUAAAGGAUACUCCUAGUGCAAGGGGGAGAGAAGAACUGCUUGGUCAAUAUGCGAUUGACAGUCAUAGAUCACUGAAUGACAAGCACGGCCUGGCAGGAAAGAGAGACAUGCCCCUGGAGGAUGAUUUCAAAUCAGCAGCUUUGAGGAUAUCUGAUGAAGAUGUUAUUCACACCAUAAUUGACUUCCUUUCUUAUCAAAAAUUGAAAGAAAUGGGGGCACUUGACAGCUUGUCAUCAUCCCUCACAUCAGAAGAGAUGGGUCAGCCAUAGCUUGUGAUGAGUCCCUACGCUCCUGUGUACUCACCUAUAGGACCUUGGCUUUGCCCUUUUCUGUUUGGGUUUCACAAAUUAAGCAAAACAUUCCUGUUUCUCCUGUUACUCUGUGGCAUUGUUUUUCACUCCACUACAACUUAUGGCCGUGUGAGUUGAAGAAAGUGUAAAAAAGAUAAAUAAAUUCAUGACUUUCA